GUUGAAGUCGAGCAUCACGACAACAUUAAAGAUGAGAAAGACCUGCCAUGGAUUCGCCGUCACGGUUACAGAGAGCUCCCGGAAAUGCUUCACAACUCGCAGCACCCAACUUGCACCAACUCUUUCGCCAUUGGCUGGUCAAUGGGCAUGUGCUCACUGCAGGGGAAAUAUCGUCAUUUUGCCAGUAACAUGACCAUCUCGUAUAAACAGGAGAGAGACGAGAGAGAUAUUUGACAGCUGCUGUUCAAGUGCAGACAGGCAAAAAAAAAACACAGGCCCCGCCAUCGCCGAGGAAAACCGGCAUGGUGGGGUAAUCACACGCUCAAAAUCCAAACAACACUUCCAGGCCGGGCGGUUCCAUCCUCCAAGGAAACUGUGGGUGACAUUGAUGGUCCGUGCUUUCUAUAUUGCGGUGCGGUGCGAGGGUGCCUAGUGCGACCACUAACAAACAAGGGGAAAAUCAUUGCGGUCGGUGCGGUGCGGUGCCAUGCGAUGCCGCGCGCGCGGGCGGUAACGACGGGAGACGUCGGUACAAAAUAUGUGAAGGAGGAACUCAACUGACAUUUGCGCGCAUUUCAUUCGACCCGUGUUUCCCUCAGGUCGUCAGUACACUACCUACACUACUACAUUGUACUGCAGUUCCCGUCGUCGUUCCUCGUGAGGUGACCCAUUGAAACUGACGACUCCCCCAGACUCGGGCUUUGACUUUUGCGACUGGCGACUGACAAGGUGCAAUUCCGCUUCAAGUCAUCUGAUCACCUUAUUGGUUGGCGCCUAGCUCGGCCUUUUCUGGUCGUCGCAAAUCGGUUCGGGUUCAGGGACCACGAAAAAUCGUCACUCUCACUCGCGCAAAGUCGAGCACCGCACCAACACCGACGACCAAUUUCCGCCGCUUGUCCACUUGUGCGUAGGGGAGAAAAGACAAUAGAAACAGUAUCGCACCCGCAUUCGCUUCCUUGGCCGUCGAGCAUCCCUUAUCAUGUCGACACACCCAGGUUCCACCGCUCGCGGCCCCAGCCGUGCUGGUGGCAGCAUCGCCCAGCCACAGAAUCGCAGCGCGACGCCCUACGGCCAGAACCACGCCGGCUCGGCCAUCCCCCGCCCCGUCCUCGAAACCCAACAUGCCGCCACCGGGAGUGAGGUCGGCUCUGCCUCUGUCAGCGUGAGCAGGCAAAAGCAGUCCAAGAGAGAUGAGGCCAUCCGCCGCAAGAUGGAGAGCGAUCUCUCCAAGAAGAAGCACCUUACCAGCCGAGCCCGUCAUACCCGCAAAGCCCCUCCCGGAACCGUCCUCGCCCUCAAGCCGAGCCCCGCCCUCCAGAUCAAGGCCGCGACCACCGUUUCCGAAGCCGCUCAGUUGAUGGCCGCCAAGCGCGAGGACUGUGUUCUUGUCACCGACGACGAUGAGAGGAUUGCCGGUAUCUUCACAGCCAAGGACUUGGCCUUCCGCGUCGUCGGCGGCGGACUCAAGGCCAACACGGUCACCAUUGCCGAGAUCAUGACCAAGAACCCGCUGUGCGCUAGGACCGACACCAGCGCCACCGACGCCCUUGAUCUCAUGGUGCGCAAGGGCUUCCGCCAUCUGCCCGUCAUGGACGAGAACCAGGACAUAUCGGGCAUUCUCGAUAUCACAAAGUGCUUCUACGACGCGAUGGAAAAGCUGGAGCGCGCCUAUGCCUCGUCCAGGCGGUUGUAUGAUGCGCUUGAGGGUGUUCAGUCAGAGCUUGGUACCAGUCAGCCCCAGCAGAUCAUCCAAUACGUGGAGGCCCUGCGAUCCAAGAUGUCGGGCCCGACCCUGGAGUCUGUCUUGAACGGCAUUCCCCCAACCACGGUCAGCGUCCGGACCUCGGUCAAAGAGGCGGCCCAGCUGAUGAAGGAGAACCACACCACGGCGGUCUUGGUCCAGGAUCAGGGAGCAAUUACGGGUAUCUUCACCAGCAAGGACGUCGUCCUCCGUGUGAUUGCCCCCGGUCUUGACCCUGCCACCUGCAGCGUGGUCCGCGUCAUGACCCCCCAUCCCGACUUUGCGCCCAUGGACAUGACCAUCCAGGCUGCGCUGAGGAAGAUGCACGAUGGCCACUACCUCAACCUGCCGGUGAUGAACGAUGCUGGCGAGAUUGUCGGCAUGGUCGAUGUCCUCAAGCUCACUUACGCCACCCUCGAACAGAUUAACACGAUGGGCAGCGGUACCGACAACGAGGGUCCCGCCUGGAACAAGUUCUGGCUUUCUCUGGACCACGAAACCGAGUCCAUGGUAUCGGGCGAUGGCUCGCUCCACCACACCCACCAUGGGCCUAGAUCGCUCAUGUCGCCCGACAUCGCUCGCAGCGAGCGCAUCGUCGACAGCGUGGCGCCUGGUGAUUCUGCGAGCCAUGCGGGCAUCGAGUCGCCUUCCCACAGCCAGCUCGGUGGCAUCCAGGAGGUCAACCCGGCCGAUAUCCCCUUCCCCUUCAAGUUCAAGGCGCCCAGCGGCCGUGUCCACCGUCUGCAGGUGACAGCCUCCCACGGCAUGGCCGAGUUUGUCGCUGCUGUCGCUGCCAAGCUUGGUGCUGAGGUGGACGCUAUUGGCGGUACCCCUGAGGUCGAGAACGGCCGACUUUCGGGCGGAUUUGCGCUUAGCUAUCUUGACGACGAAGGCGACUCGGUUUCCAUCACCACGGAUCAGGAUCUGCUCGAAGCCAUCCUGCUUGCGCGUCACGGCCUCCGUGAGAAGGUCGACCUGUUCGUGCACGACCCCUCAGAGCCUGCUAUUUCGCACGCUCCUACGCCUGCACCGGUGAUUGAGACGAUCCCUGCCACCCCUCCUGCUUCGUCGGUGGUUCGUGAGCGGAGAAAGAAGGUCGAGGAGGAAUCCGAGGAGGUUAGUGAGGAGGAAGAGCCCGUCCAUCGCCGCCCUACGCGCACGCGCACAAUGUCCCAGCCACAAGAGGCGCCCCAGGUCAUUGCUGGUGUCCCCAACGAGCUGUUGCUUCCGGGUGCUAUUGUCACCCUGGCCGUGGUGAUUGUUAGUGUGUUUACCAUUUCGAGAUUGACCAGCAGCCGUUAAGCAUAAGAAUUUACACCUUUUUAUUUUUAUUUAUUUUUGUUAUUUUCUUCGGAUUCUUGGUUGAGAUGGUCAGUUUAGAGAAGAUGAAGACGAAGCAGGGAGCCUUAUGGUUUUGAUGAUGAUCGAUGCAGUGUGUUGAUAGGUGUUGUUGCUGUUGUUGGGCUCGAGAAAUUGUUGAUAAUGGAUUGCCCAAUCCAGCAAUUUUCUUCUCAUUCGCCAGUUUUUGAAAGGUAGUCGCAUGACGGAAUGCAGGAGGGGAGUGUCGGGAACGGGACCCUGAGAGGGAGAGGGGGGGAUUUGGCCGGAUUGGUAUAGGUUACUUCGUUACCGAGGAAGGAAACUCAUGUACGCAAAGCCUCUGAUUAUGAGCUACAUUAUUACCUACUACAGACUACACAUUGACAUUGAGAACCUUGAGAUCAAGAUUUCGGCCAGCGGAAUUAUGGCGUUCUU